AUGUCCAACGUGAGCUUGCAAGUUAGGAAAGCUGUGCCUACAAUAGAUCCUAUCGUUCAAGACUACGCCGCUGGCUAUGUUCAGCACGUCUCCAACAACACUGACGACUCCGUGACCGCUCAGCUGAUCGACAUACCCAAAGAACUUGCCUUCAUCGAAGAUUUACUUAUAGACGCCGGUGGAAACAAGGAUGCCGUUCACAAAUUGGUAACACUGCUCAUCGAGGAGCUCACCAAAAAACUUAAAGACAAUAUGGCCAAGCUUGAAAUCACGGGAGAUAAGUCGAAGAGAUUGUUGGAUGUCAAUGUGUUGCAAAAGAACACUAAGAGAGACAUCAACUCGUCUUUGGCAUUCCUUGGAGCGUCUCGUGAUAUCACCCAUGCUGGUAGGCAGAUCGAAUCGAGAGUGGAUGUGAAGAAGUUGGAGAAGCAAGAGAGGAAGAUUGCAAAGAAGGUGGCUAAAAGGAAUAACAAAUUCGUGAAGUACGAGGCGUCGAAGUUGUUGAACGAGCAAAAGAAGGAAGAUUACGACUCGUUCUUCUUGGAGAUCAACCCUCUUGAUUUUGGUUCCAGCGCAGGGAAAUCCAAGGACAUCAAGGUAGAUAACUUUGACUUGUAUGUUGGUGACGGCCAGCGCAUUCUUAGUGACACUUCGUUGACAUUGGCAUAUGGCCGCAGAUACGGUCUUGUGGGUCAGAAUGGUAUUGGUAAAUCUACUUUGUUGUGUGCAUUGUCUAGAAGAGAAUUGAAUAUCCCCAAGCAUAUCACAAUUUUGCAUGUUGAGCAAGAGAUCAGAGGUGAUGACACUCCAGCUUUGCAAACUGUUCUUGACGCUGACGUUUGGAGAAAAUCCCUUUUACAAGAGGAAGUGAAAAUCAACGAGAGAAUAGAAGAGAUUGAGAAACUCAGGCCUGAGUUUGAAGAGGGUUCCAACGAGCAGACUAAGCUAGAUAACGAAAGGGGAGACUUGGAGAAGCACUUGCAAGAGGUGAGCGAAAAGCUCAUGGAAAUGGACUCAGACAAGGCGGAGAGCAGAGCAGCCUCCAUUUUAUAUGGUCUUGGUUUCACCAAAGAGAGCCAGCAGCUACCUUCUAAAGCAUUUUCUGGUGGUUGGAGAAUGAGAUUGUCUCUUGCGAGAGCUUUGUUUUGCGAGCCUGACUUGUUGUUGCUAGACGAACCAUCCAAUAUGUUGGAUGUUCCAUCCAUCACUUAUUUGGCAAAAUACUUGCAAUCUUACGAAGGUACGGUGUUAGUCGUUUCGCACGAUAGGUCGUUCUUAAACGAGGUAGCUACUGAUAUUAUUCAUCAGCACUCUGAGAGGCUUGAUUACUACCGUGGCUCCAACUUCGAUUCGUUCUAUAAUACCCGUGAGGAAAGAAUCAAGAACCAGCGCCGCGAGUAUGAGAAUCAAAUGGCGUAUAGACAACACUUGCAACUGUUUAUCGACAAGUUCAGAUAUAACGCAGCCAAGUCAUCAGAGGCCCAGUCGCGUAUCAAGAAGUUGGAGAAAUUACCAGUACUUGAACCUCCUGAAGAUGACAAGGUCAUUACCUUCAAGUUUCCCGACCCGGACUCUGUGUCACCUCCAAUAUUACAGAUUCAAGAUGUUACAUUUGGUUAUUCUCCAGAUAAGAUUCUCAUGAAGGACGUGAAUCUCGAUGUGCAGAUGAACUCCAGAAUUGCCUUCUGUGGUGGUAACGGUACUGGUAAGACUACACUCCUCAAACUCCUUUUGGGACAGCUUACGCCGCUUUCAGGUUAUAUUAAUAAGAACGGCCGUUUGAGAAUUGGAUACUUUGCUCAACACCACGUUGAUGCUAUGGACUUGACUCUUUCGGCAGUGUCGUGGAUGUCAAAAACGUAUCCAGGUAAAUCAGACGAAGAGUACAGAAGACAUUUGGGCUCUUUUGGAAUCACAGGCUCUUUGGGUCUUCAGAAGAUGCAGUUGUUGUCAGGUGGUCAAAAAUCGAGAGUAGCAUUUGCUGCGCUUUGUUUGAACCAGCCUCAUGUGCUAAUUCUUGACGAGCCCUCCAACCACUUGGACACGCAAGGUUUGGACGCCUUGGCAGACGCCUUGAUCAAUUUCAAGGGUGGUGUGCUCAUGGUUUCGCACGAUAUAUCUACUAUAGAGAGAGUUUGUAACGAGAUCUGGGUUAGUGAAGAUGGUACCGUCAAGAAAUUCCCAGGUAGCAUCCACGACUACAGGAAGCACAUCUUGAAGAUGGCUGAUGCCUCCGGUGUUGUCAAGCAGCACUAA